AAGUUGAUAUCAAAGCUGAGAAAAAGAGAAAAAAGAUUGUUUUUUAUUUAAUUAAAGUUUACAUCUAUAACAAAUAGUAUCUAAAAAGUCAAUAUUUGUAGCUGCUAAAGCAAGAAUUAAUUAAUAAACGUGCAGCUCAUCUUCAGUAAAAGUUGUACUGUUUGCAGCUGUAGAAGAAAAAUACUUGUCAAGUCUAUUCUUAAAAGUGUUAACUGACGGAGCCAUUUUUUGUGCUGACGGCAAGUUAUUCCAAUCAUUGACAAUACGAUUUGUAAAAAAAUUUUGACGAGCAUUAUUAUAUGUGAAUUCACGCAUUAGGGCGUUGGAAGAUGAUCUGUGAGUUAGUGGAUUAUGCCAAUUGAUAAUCUCAAAACUAUUUUCUAGCUCAAACUGUUGAAUCAAGUCACUGCGUCUCCUGCGAGUUUCCAAUGUAGUAAUAUUGAGCUGCCGAUCACCUUUCAAGAUUUUAAAUCAUGGUUAGCAAUUAUCAAAGGAAAACCAGUAGAGGUACCACUGCUAAAUGCACAAUCUUUGAAGCAGUGACAACUGUAAAGUUACAUGGCAGAAGCAUAGCCCAGGUGUCUCUAGAUUUCAACAUCAACUAUAGAAGCCUACAACGCUAUUUGUCAAAAGCCUCUACAGAAGAUCUUCAAGAAAAAUCGACAAUACCUUCAUUUCACACUGGCUACGUACAACCUAGGCAAGUGUUGACACAGGAGCUUCAUCUUGAACUCUGUAGUUACUUGCAAAUAGCUUCAGAUAUUUACUUUGGCCUUACACCAAAAGAUGUUAGGAAACUAGCAUAUCAAUUAGCAGAUGCUAAUAAAUUGGCUAUGCCAAAAUCAUGGAUGGAAAAUCAUUGUGCUGGGAGAGAUUGGUUUACGUCUUUCCUACAAAAAAAUCCAACAUUGUCUUUAAGAGCUCCAGAGGCCACAAGCAUUGCACGUGCCAUAAGUUUCAACAAACACAAUGUUGAAAUGUUUUUCAAUAAUCUUCAGGUGUGUCUUCAACGUCACCAAUUCUCAACAGCAGAUAUUUUGAACAUGGACGAAACAGGGACAACUACAGUUCAAAAGCCUGAUAAAGUGAUCUCAAGAAAGGGCCAAAAGCAAGUUGGGGCAAUAACCUCAGCAGAAAGAGGUGCUUUAGUUACCUUGGCAUGUGCUGCCUCUGCUAUUGGUAAUAGUAUUCCACCUUUUUUCGUAUUUCCGAGAGUCAAUUUUAGGGAACACUUUUUAACUUCUGCGCCACCUGGCAGUGAUGGGGACGCAAAUCCAUUUGGUUGGACGAAGGAAGACACUUUUUGUAAAUUUCUUACUCAUUUUGUAAAGAAUGCACGGCCUUCAAAGGAGCAUCCAAUUUUGCUACUGGUUGACAAUCACUUUUCGCACUUGUCAUUGAAUGCACUAGACUAUGCAACAGCAAAUGGAAUUAUUAUGUUAAGUUUUCCACCCCAUUGCACCCACAAGUUGCAGCCACUAGAUAGAACAGUCUAUGGCCCUUUAAAAAGGCUGUAA